UUUGUACUAUUUAGUUUGCUAUAACCCAAAUCUGAUCGAAAAAUACAACUGGAUUUUUCAUACGAAAGGCCGCUUAAAGGGGUCAAGGUCACUGAGAACUUCCGGAAAUCUGAAAUUGCGUGAAUAGGUGUUGAUCAAGAUGUCUGACGCAGAAUUUUUGAAGAUGGCAACCAACAAGGAUGUUGAUAUUGACCUUGACAACAUAGAUGAGCUGUUGGCUCAGCUGACGGCUGAAGAAAUAGAUGAACUAAAUGGAGAUUUCGAUCCUGAUAACUCCUUCCUUCCACCGUCAGAGCGUAUGAAAUCUCAGACACUGAAGGACCCUACAGGACCAUUUAGUCGCAAGAAGUUGCUAGCUUUCCUCGAGAAGAAAGCAAAGGAGGAAAAGGACUGGGAAAAUGUGACACAGUAUGUCAAGAAGGCACCAGGAGAGUCAAACGAUGUUUCAGAAAAACCAUGGAAACCAAAGGAGGUAAAGAAGACAAAAGAAGAAGAGGCAAUUGAUACUGAAUGGGACGAUAUUCUUACACAGGCAACAGAAGAUGAACUCGUAGAUUUAGCGGCUGUGCUUGGUUUUCAUGGUAUGUUGAAUCAGACACAGUUCUACGCUUCCGAACGCGAUGAGAAACUUGAAAGUGGAGGUUUCACAGGUAUGGCAAAGUCCGAGGUACUAAAGGUUAUCCCCUUCGAACCACCAAACCAGACAGAUGUAGAGGACAGCAUCAAAAGGAUCAAAGACAAUGACUCCAGCCUGAAACAUCUUAACCUCAAUAACAUAAAGAAUAUUUCCCAUGAAAGAUUGGAAGCUGUAUGUGAAGGCCUGAAGACCAAUACAAAUCUAGAAAUCCUUGAAAUGGCCAGUGUUGCUAUGACAGACAGGGUUGCCAAGAAACUAGCUGAAGGCUUACAGGAAAACAAAACACUUAAAACAUUAAACAUAGAAUCCAACUUUAUAACAGGGGAACCGCUAGUGGAGAUCCUGAAAGCAAUAAAUGUUAACAAGAAUGUGACAGAAUUUAGGGCAGCUAACCAGAAACCAGAGGCACUGGGCAACAAAGUUGAGACCAAAAUUAUAAAACUGGUCCAAGAAAAUGAUAAAAUAUUGACCCUCGGUUUGGCGUUCGAGUUCCCAGAAACCAGAGUGCGGGUAACAUCAAAGCUGCAGGACAACUAUGAUCAGAUGCGAAAAAAGCGUGUAGGAACCAAAGCGGAUGCGUAGAUGUCCAGCGAGUCCACAUUAUAGUCUAGAACAAAUUUAGUCAGUUUUUACAACACAUAUAUAUGUACUUGCCUCUGUGUGUGAUUUUAGUCGCAAUAAGGUUAUUAUCGUUUAAAUGUACACUAUAAUUCGUCAAAGAAAUGUGACUUUUCGGGGCCCCUGUUUACACAGAAACUUGUUCUCACAUUAUAAGUACAUACAUAUGUAUUUAUAUGUUAUUUUGUUGAAUAGGUGCACUUAAAUUAGCGAACUAUACUUUUCAAAUCUUAGUUCACCUUAAGAGUUUCCUUCCAGUUUUGUAUACUGUUUUCAUUUCAGUGACAUUAAGAUAGAAUGAAUUUAACAUUUUCAUUGUGAGAGAGGUUAUGAUUUCAAAUUAAGUUUUUGCGUUCAUAUAGUAAGUUCCUAUACAUAUAAAAUUGUGUUAGUGAAAAUUUGUUUGGUAGAUUUAAUGAAGUCAGUAAUUACAUAUAAAUCUACAUGUUUAAGACUUCAGACUCUGGUUUCGCAAGUAUAUUUUGAAUGUGUAAGCUUAAUGGGUGUGAAAGCUUCAAUUUUCUAAAUGUUGACACCCCAAGACACUUAACGUAUAUUUUCGCUUAUAAGACGCAUAAUAAGGAGUCAUAUUUCCAGUUCAGAGAGUGGGGAGCAUCUUAUAAGCGUGUACUACAAGGACAUUAAAAGAAAAAGAAACCCCAGAUGUACGACGUCUUAUAAGCGAGUGGGUCUUGUAAGCGAAAAUAUGUGGUAUUUAAAUGAAGAGUAGAAUCCUGCAUCUGUGCUACCCCAUACAAGCAAAUAUGGAAACACAACCUUAUUUGCAGAAUGUAAACUUUAACCAUAUUGUAAUUCUUUUGCAUUGUUGAAAGUUCCAUUUAAUUUUGAAGUGUUACAGAAAAUAAAGUUAAUUUGUAAAUUUAUUUACUGCUGUUGCAUUACAAAUUAAUUGUUUUUUAUUGUUGGAAAUCAAACA